AUGUCUUCAGACGAGUCUAGCAACCCAAUGGCCGAGUCUGGAGUCACCAUGGCCUCGGAUAGCGAGCAGUACUCAGGAGCCGAGGAGCUAUCAACGUCACCACCAACCUCGAACUCGCCGCCCAUCAUACUCUACCAGCCUCCCACAGUCUGGUCCUUGUUACGAGGAGCAGCAAUCAACCUCUUCCUCCCUUUUAUCAACGGCAUGAUGCUGGGUUUUGGCGAAUUGUUUGCGCACGAGUGGGCUUUUCGACUGGGCUGGGGAGGAACCAAGGUCUUCCCUAAUUCCCGGAGGAGAUCGCAUCCUAUAGGCCCGGGAAUCGAAGUUGUCGAGCCAGCACGAGGACCCGUUCUGGACUUGGACGAUAUCACGGCACUGGAAUGA